AUGACGGCGCGAACCCUGGCUCCGUACGAGCCACCAGGGCCUAGUCCACAAGUAGAGUAUGAAGUGUCGCAUCACCAGAAUCUCGGUCGAGAUCAUGUCCUCAUUACCAGUAUCGGCGCAUUCCCAACGCUCCGUGGCGCACAGGAUUCCGCUCAGGACAUUCUCAGAUGCACGCUCGAGCAGUACAUGGCAAGAGGUUGGAGCGGGUACUACUGCAACGCCGUCGAUCUCGACUUCAGAGGCCUCAUUGCCGGACGAGUGGGCGAACACGAAUGUGUGUACCUGAGCGAGAUCCAGCUCCACGCCAGGGAGCGAGCGUACAAGCCAUUCCAACUCCAACUCGACCAUGGAGAGGAACGGGUAUGUGCAUACAUCAAUAGACACGAACCACCAAUCCCCAAUCCCGGCCACAACACGUAUCCAGCACCGUUCCCAACUGCCCUGCUGACUCCCUGGCGCCCGCUGAGUCCCUCGGCGCAGAUACGGCGGGAUCUGAACUCGCACAGUAGGCAGGCUAGCUCCUCGAGGAGGUCGGAUAGCUUCUCGCAGACCCGGCCGCAGUAUUUUGAUCGGCCAGGGUCCUUUGUCCCACGCGCUUCUGCGCACUAUGACGAGGCCAUGAGCUUCUCCGCUGUUCGGAAUGACGACGCUAGCGCAGAUCAGAUUGUAGGCACGGGGAGCGCGCGACGAGGGCCUGGGUCGCACCCACACGGUAAGCAACGAUAUGGCAGUUCUCUCGGGGGCGGCUACGAUAUCAGGAGCGGCUACAAUAUCAGGGGCGGCUACGAUAUCAGGGGCGGCUACGAUAUCAGGGACGGCUACGAUACCAGGGACGGCUACAAUACCAGGGACGGCUACAAUACCAGGGACGGCUACAAUAUCGGUCAUCCGUAUCUCGGACGCAGGCAUUCGUCGAUCGGGACCAUGUACACCAACAUCCUCCCCCUCGUCUUCCUCACCAGCCUAGCCACCUUGGCCACCGCCAUGGCCGUCCCCGCGCCCGCGCCCGCGCCUCUCUGCAGCGCGCAGAUGUACCGGUGCGACGCGACGCGGCGGCGGGUCGAGGUGUGCGGCAGCGGCGGGUGGCAGCUGCAGGCGCUGUGCGGGACGGCGUCGUGUGCAGAUGAUAAGACGCUGGGUGUGCCGCAUUGCUAUGAUUAG